GUCCCGUCUCCAACUGGUAACAGCCCCAGCAGGCAGAACAUGAGCGUCUUCCUGCGAAAGCAAUGCCUCUGCCUAGGCUUCCUGCUCCUCCAUCUCUUAAAUCAAGUCUCUGCAACUCUGCGCUGCCCGUCUCGGUGCCCGAGCCAGUGCCCCAGUAUAUCACCGACCUGCGCCCCCGGGGUGCGCUCGGUGCUAGACGGCUGCUCCUGCUGUCCGGUGUGCGCCCGCCAGCGCGGGGAGAGUUGCUCUGAGAUGAGACCCUGCGACCAGAGCAGCGGUCUCUACUGCGACCGCAGCGCGGACCCCAACAACGAGACUGGCAUUUGCAUGGUUCCAGAGGGAGACAACUGUGUGUUCGAUGGGGUCAUUUACCGCAAUGGAGAGAAGUUUGAGCCGAACUGUCAAUACCACUGCACCUGCAGAGAUGGGCAAAUUGGCUGUGUGCCCCGCUGCCAGCUGGAUGUGCUUCUGCCAGGUCCUGACUGCCCAGCUCCAAAAAAAGUCGCAGUGCCCGGGGAGUGUUGCGAAAAGUGGACCUGUGGCUCAGAGGAGAAGGGGACACUGGGAGGCCUGGCCCUUCCAGCCUACAGACCGGAAGCUACCGUAGGAGUCGAACUCUCUGACUCCAGCAUCAACUGCAUUGAGCAGACUACAGAGUGGAGCGCGUGUUCCAAGAGCUGUGGAAUGGGCUUGUCCACCCGGGUCACCAACAGGAAUCUCCAAUGUGAGAUGGUAAAACAGACUCGUCUCUGCAUGGUUCGGCCUUGUGAGCAAGAGCCUGGGGAAGCAACAGACAUGAAAGGUAAAAAGUGUCUCCGGACCAAGAAGUCCCUGAAAUCCAUCCACCUACAGUUCAAGAAUUGCACUAGCCUGUACACCUAUAAGCCCAGGUUCUGUGGGAUCUGCAGUGACGGGCGCUGCUGUACGCCCUUCAAUACCAAAACCAUCCAGGUGGAGUUUCAGUGUUUGCCAGGGCAAAUCAUCAAAAAACCAGUCAUGGUCAUUGGAACCUGUACCUGCCACUCCAACUGCCCUCAGAACAAUGAGGCCUUCCUCCAAGAGCUGGAGCUGAAGACGAGCAGAGGAGAAAUGUAACAGGUGCCCAGGGAAGUGCAUUCGUUGAGGCAAACUGUUGCUGUCACAAGGCCCGCCAUCACCUGUAUAUAAGAAACAUAGUGAAGGAGUUGUCCCGUGUAUGUUUCUGUGAUCAUAUGAGGUCAUUUAUAUUUGUCUCUGUUUUUAAUGAAAACUGUUCCAAAUGUAAACUUAGAAUCAAGAUAAGCUCAGGAUAUGGCUUAGGGGUGACUUGCUUUCCUGUGCUGUUCAUUACAAGUGCAAAUUUGUGUAAAUUUAAGUCACAUAGAUGAUCUAGUUGGUAGAAUGUGUCACAUCACACUCAUUUUCUGUACAUUAGUUAAAUCCCAAUAAAUGUUACAGAAAUGAUUGGCACA